UAUGUAGUUAACCGUUUUUAGAACAUUCUGAAAUAAAAAGAAUCCGUUUUGGUUACUUUACAAAUUUUGCCUUUGGUCAGCCCAAAAUAACAUCAAAAAUGAACAGAGCAAAGAGCUUCAGUCUUUUGCCCCAACCCCGACACACCUUUGGGCGCUCCUCUUCAGGCAACAGACUUAGUGUUCGUGAUACCCCAAUUUCUUCACGCCUUUCAGCAACAAGAAAGUUGUCUUCUGCCCAAAAGCCACCUUCAGUUUCCAGAUUAACCAAUGACAAACGUUGGGUUAAUGAACAACAUGCAAAGGUAAUUGAAUUCAUUGAAGACAAUGCAGAGCUGUUUGAUUCCCAAAUAGUAAAUGUAAACAACCUGAAGCCAAUGACAACGAGUGCUUUUGUACACAUUAUGUCUGUGUUGUUUCAAAUAGUCUUACCAAGACGUAAAAUCGCCAUGGACAAUUACAAGGAAGUGAUCCCACUCCAACUCAAAAUGCUCAACUUCCCCGGACAAAUUUCCAACAACACAAUCAAAGCAGUCAACACAAUGCACGCGUUCCCACAAGUCGUUUCGAUGAUGUCAUGGCUGAUAAAGUUGGUGAACGUGUUGAACUCCCAAGGAAGACCCACAAAACAUUUGUCACCAGAGGACAAGAAAAAAGUGGCCGUCACUCAGGCCUCAUUGAAGUAUUUAAUAGCCUCCCAUAGCAACUUCAACAACAAUUACUCAGAGGAAGGGGAUGGAACCAAUGAUGAACUGGACAGGAACCAGGAGAGGCUGGACCAGCAAUACAGGGAGGAAGUUGCUGCCGCCAUCAACUUAGAUCUGAACACCCACAAUACCAUCAAAGAUGAGUUGCAGAGAAUGGAGGAGAAGCUUAAGUCACAGGAAAGUUUGUUCAUGAAGAAAAAGGACCACUGUCAGAAAAUGGAAUUAAAAACCUCAACACUUCGUGAACAAGUGUCCCAGUUUUAUGCCGAAGACGCCACCAGAGAGCAGGCAAUGGAAGAAACGCUGAACAAACUGAACCAGAAAAAGGCCAAACAACUUGAGCAAAUACAACAAUGCAGAGCCGACAUAGACCAGCUGCAUGAGGUGAUGAAGCACCAGCCGUGCACGUACAAGGAGAAGCGCGAGCUGCAGCAGCAAAUCGAGAGUUUGAAGUUCAGCAAUGGCCUGAAAAUGGAAAAGAUGGAGGUGAUGAAGAAGGUCAAAGACGAAUACAACUUUAAAUUGACCGAGUAUUUGAGGGACAUGGAGAAAAUGGUGCACAAGUGGAACAACAGCUUGAUCAAACUAACUGUGGAGUGUCCAGACAUUAAAACGUGCUUGCUCAGGGAAAAGGACUUAUGCAAUGAGGAUUUCAUUCAAGAAAUUGAAGACAUCCUAAAAAAGGCUAAAGUCUUGAAGGAAAGCUACGAGACGCAAAUCACCAAAAUGCACAAGCUUAAAGAGACUGAAACUAUCACUGUUGAGAAGCUUAAGUCCCAAAUUGCUGAAAAGAAUGAACAAACUAAAGUAUUGGAAAAAUUGGUCCAUGAUGGCAAACAAAAGUUGCAACAAGUUGAAGAAACUGCAGAAAAAAGGAAGAAUGAGCUGGAGACGAAAAUGAUUGUAAUCAACCAGCAGAUUCAAGAGUUACAAGAGGAGAACUUUGAAGAUCUUGAGAAUAAUAUCAGAGAAUUGAAGACUAUGAACGAAAAUUUACGACGUGACGUCGAGGAGUACAGCGCAAAGUCUUUAAGUUUUUUUGUUCAAUUCCACAAGCAGGUCAUGCAAAAUUUAGCUAAAAUGGAUAAGAUAAAAGGUGACAUAAUCCAAUCUGUCUUAACUGGAAUUAUGGAAAGGCAGAAGUUUAUAGAGUAAUUUGUUCUAUUGUAAAGAUUAUUGAAGUGAAACUAUUAUUUUAUUAACACCAUGGCUUACAGAAGUGAUAUCAUAAAAGGUUAGAAUAUUUGGUUUAACCUUGUGAGUCUGUUUAUUCUAUUUAUAUAAACAAAUUAAUUGAAAUUGAAGUGAAUUGGAUGAAAUUCUUCGAGUAUAUUAAGUUGAAAUACAUAAUGUAAAUAAAAAUUUAGUUAAACGCA